UUUCUGUGGAUAUUAUUCAUGUAGGUUGUCGAAUAUAGUUUGAAAACCCGCAGCGAAGCGCGGACAUUCCUGCUGGUUAAAACGAAAACAACGCAGGAAAGUCCUCAGUACACGUGACAUUGCAUUUCAGUCGUGGAUUAUAAUUUAAUCCCCCUUGUACAAGAAACCCCUAUAAAUUUCAUUUCUUGCCUUAGGCAGAUACAACAGUAUUCAACGUAGUGAGAAUAAUCCAUUAGAUCCCUCAAAACCUUGUAGCCAUCAGAAGAAAAGGUUAAAAAAGGUUGCAUGGGUACCAGGGAUGGAUUUCUUCCGGUGAUAGAUUUCUCCAAAGAGGAUUGCUUGAAGCCAGGGACAAGUUCUUGGCUCUCCGUCCGCAGGGAGGUUUGCCGUGCACUGGAAGAGCUCGGCGGUUUCAUGGCGAUAAUGCCCGACAAAGUUUCUGCUGAGCUCCACCAAACCAUCUUUGGUGCACUGAAGGACUUGUUUGAGUUCCCUGCCGAACUCAAAUCCAAAAACCGAUACGAAGAGUAUCCAUUUUGUGGCCAUUUCAUAUAUAAUUCUGUCCAUGAGAGCUUGGGGAUUCAGAAUCCCACACACUCGGAAGAAACUCAGAAAUUCACACAUCUUUUCUGGCCUAACCAAAAUGAUCAAUUCCGUGAUAGUGUAGAUUCAUAUGCAAAGGUGAUGAUGGAGCUUGAUCAUGUUGUAACAAGAAUGGUAUUCGAAAACUACGGUAUGGAGAAGUACCACGACGAACACAUUCAAUCUACUUCUCACUUUAUCCAGUUUAAUAAAUACAAAGAACCCAGAAAAGCUGGAAGCGAUGUGGGUUUAGUGAGUCACACUGACAAGAACUUCAACACAAUUCUUCAUCAAAAUCAUGUCAAUGGUCUGGAGAUAAACACGGACGAUGACGAGUGGAUAAUGUUCGAUCCACAUCUACCUUCAUCCUUCCUUUUCAUAGCUAGUGAUGUGUUUAAGGUAUGGAGUAACGGCAGAAUACGAGCUUGUAGACACAGAGUCAACAUGAGAGAAAAUGAUGAGGCAAGAUACUCGGUUGGAUUUUUCUCUGUAAAGAUAGGAGUAACAACCGUACCCAAGGAGCUUGUGGACGAAGAACACCCCUUACGUUACAAGUCACUAGACCAAGUGGAGUAUAUCCAAGCACAAGGGAAAAAUGGAAUUGACUGCACACUUGAGGCAUACUGCGGAGUUUGAUUAUUUUUAGUUUACUUUUCGUAAUAUUACUUCCCUUUAAACUGAAAUGUAUUUAUGUUUGCUGAUGUCUCAUUACUUGAUUUCUCAAUGUUUUUUAGCAUCAAAAUCGUUAUUGUUGCCCUAUGUGUGUUGGACCAAGUCAUAACUUGGUUUCAGUUGUAACGGCGUCAGGUGUUGGAAAAUAUUUGUAUUCAGGUGUUGGAAAAAGUCAACCAAGAUGUAGUCAUUCAGUUGUAGCUGUCUCGACAAUCUCGUUUAAUAAAAUAAUGUUUAUUGUUAUA